GUGUUCCUAGAGCUGAGGGUUGGGUGGGAUGGCCUGAGGUGAGUCUGCAGGUUCAGUAGGGGCCAGUGCACAGAGGGUCUUGUAAGCAAUGUUAAGGAGUUGGACCCCAUCCCAAGGGUAGGCAAAAGAGGUAUUGGUCUACUCAUUUGACAGAUCAGGAAACUGAGGCCCAUAAAGGCUGAAUGACUUGCCCAGGGUCACAGAUGCACCUAAGGCAGAGCAGGGAAAGGAAGUUGGGUGUCCACCCCAGCCCCUGGGUGGGGCAGCUCGUGGGAAAAGGUCUUUCACCAGGAUGUCUUCCUCAGCCAAGGUCCUGGUGCACUGUGUGGUAGGUGUGAGCCGCUCCGCCACACUGGUCCUGGCCUACCUCAUGCUUCGCCAGCAGCUGUCCCUGCGCCAGGCGGUGAUCACUGUGAGGCAGCGCCGAUGGAUCUUCCCCAACCGAGGCUUCCUCCACCAGCUCUGCCAGCUGGACCAGAAGCUGCGUGGUGCAGGCCGGAGCUGAGGGGCCAGAGCCGGUCCGCACACCCUGCCACAGGGCUCUGCCACUUUGCCACCCUGGCGCUGGCCCUGCUGGUGCUGCUGGAGGCUCUGGCCCAGGUGGAUACCCAGAAGAUGGUAAGAGCCCAGUAUGGGGUCCGCCCUAGAGCCUGCUACUCCAUCUGCUUCCUCCAGCUGCCUGCACUCCCUCUCAGUCACUGUCUUCAGUCCCCACAGAAACAGCAUCAAGUGUGCAGAGACAGGCGGCUGGAAGCCGGCAGCAUACAGUGCCCGUCAGAGAAGACCACAGCCUGGGCCAGAUACCCCCACAGGAUGGACUCACUGCAGAAGCAGGACCUCCGGAGGCCCAAGAUCCACGGGACAGUCCGGGUGCCCCCCUACCAGCCGCCCACACUGGCCUCGCUGCAGCGCUUGCUCUGGGUCCGUCGGGCAGCCACACUGAGCCACAUCGAUGAAGUCUGGCCCAACCUCUUCCUGGGAGAUGCGUAUGCAGCCCGGGACAAGAACAAGCUGACCCAGCUGGGCAUCACCCACGUUGUGAAUGUUGCUGCAGGCAAGUUUCAAGUGGACACAGGUGCCAAGUUCUACCACGGAAUGCCCUUGGAGUACUAUGGCAUCGAGGCUGAUGACAACCCCUUCUUCGACCUCAGUGUCUACUUUCUGCCUGUUGCUCGAUACAUCCGAACUGCCCUCAGUGUUCCCCGAGGCCGUGUGCUGGUACACUGCGCCAUGGGGGUAAGCCGCUCUGCCACAGUCGUCCUGGCCUUCCUCAUGAUCUACGAGAACAUGACACUGGUGGAGGCCAUCCGGACGGUUCAGGCCCACCGCAAUAUCUGCCCCAACUCAGGUUUCCUCCGGCAGCUCCAGGUUCUGGACAACCGACUGGGGCGGGAGACGGGGCGGCUUUGACCUGGUGGACAGCCAGGAGCCCUGACCCUCCGGCCAGCACGGCCCAACCCAACCAGCCUGGCCCUGGGGAAAGCAGCCUCUGCUGUUUCCAGUGACCUUGAGAUGUAAAUAGCAAGUGGUGGCUUAGCUGAGGCAGAGGCAGGGAGAGCAGGGUGGUGACAUUUAGCAGGUGGAUUUCCCUGACCCAAUCCAGAGAUUCUUUAUGCAAAAGAGAGUUCAGUCUGUCUCUAUAAUAAAAGGUUCAUCGUAAUAAAGACAGGAGAUCUUCUGGUGGUUUGUGGGGCAGUGGCUUCCUUCCAGGGUGGCCAUGAGGAUGCAGAAGGCUUGCCAACUCUGAUUUAGCAUGAUAGCGGCCUAGAGGAGUCUGAGUCCAUUGUCUGAAUAAAGACCAAAGUUCGAUGUGUCACCAUCCUCUCUCCAUGCCCACCCUAUCAAAAACCAACUAUCAAAACUCACUGUGCACAAAUAGCAUCUCCUGAAUCCAUUCAAUCUUUUCAUUUAUACUCUACUUUCAAAAAGACUGACUAAAAUUAUAGACACCUAAAAAAUAGAGGCAUUAAACAAGAGGAUAGAGGUUGGGGUGCAGACACCCCAGAAAUCUUAGGUGAAGGGUGAUUAUAUGAUGGAGCAAAACAUUUAGCUCUGGGUUACUUAGUUCUUGUGCCCUAAUAAAAUAAAACAAUGUAAAAAGCCCACAAGUUCCUCACCUGUAAGUGGCACAAGGUAUUUAUGAGGAUUAAAUGGGCUGUCUUUCCUUCUACCUCGCUGGCCACUCCUGUUUACCCUUGUCCCCUCCAGCUGACCCUUAAACGUCAAGGUUUCUCAGGGUUCUGGCCUCUGCCUCUUCUCUCCCCCAGUGUUCCCACACUCCUGGGAGAUCCUCGUGCUCCCACAGCCUCAGUUCACAUCUCUAGGCUGAUGACUCUCAGACGCCUAUGGCAGCCCAAGUCUCUCUC